AAUUUAAUGAAAAUGUUAUAAGAAUAUAAUCUAAAAUGAAAAAGAAAAGUUCUAUUAUAAAAUAUCCACUAGCUGUUCAUAUUAAUCUGAAAUUAAAAAGUGUAUUUUGAAAUUAUUAUACAGUUCACUUUAAAGUCAUGUUAGAGCCAUCGUCAUCAGAAGAAGAAAGUGAUAAUGAAACUGUUGAAGAUGAAAGUUCAGAGGCAACACAACUUCCACCAGCUUCAACUAAUUUGGAGUUGCCUCAAAGCAGUAGUGUUUCAAGAAACCUUUCUCCUUCAAGUGCUGGAGAUACUUUAAGUGUUGGUAGUGGAUCACAGCAAUGGACCAACAGUCAACGCCCUUCUAGUCCAAGCCCAUCACUUGUAAGUGAGAAAGAAAAGGAAAAAGAAGAUCCAGAAAAAACAAUUGAAAAAGAGGAAGAAGAAAGAAAAAAACGUCUUCAGUUAUAUGUAUUUGUUUUAAGAUGUAUUGCAUAUCCUUUUAAUGCUAAACAGCCAACAGAUAUGACUCGUAGACAAACUAAAGUAACAAAACAACAACUUGAAACAAUUUUAGGUCGUUUUCAAUCUUUUUUAAAAGGAGAAACACAAAUAGCUGCAGAUGAAGCAUUCCAAAAUGCAGUUCAAAAUUACACUGAAGUGUUUCUUAAAAGUGAUAGAGUAAUGAGAAUGGUACAAAGUGGAGCAUGUUCUGCACAUGAUUUUCGUGAAGUAUUUAGAAAUAAUAUUGAAAAGAGAGUUAGAAGUCUACCUGAAAUUGAUGGCUUAAGUAAAGAAACUGUCUUAACUUCUUGGAUGACGAAGUUUGAUGCUAUUUUUCGAGGUGAUGAGGAUUCACGGAAACCUCAAAGUAGAAUUCAACAAAAUAUUGCAUCAGAACUUAUAUUAAGUAAAGAACAACUGUAUGAUAUGUUUCAAAAUAUUCUUGGAGUGAAAAAAUUUGAACAUCAGUUAUUAUACAAUGCAUUACAGGUAAUUAUUAAUUAUUAUACAGUUCACUUUAAAGUCAUGUUAGAGCCAUCGUCAUCAGAAGAAGAAAGUGAUAAUGAAACUGUUGAAGAUGAAAGUUCAGAGGCAACACAACUUCCACCAGCUUCAACUAAUUUGGAGUUGCCUCAAAGCAGUAGUGUUUCAAGAAACCUUUCUCCUUCAAGUGCUGGAGAUACUUUAAGUGUUGGUAGUGGAUCACAGCAAUGGACCAACAGUCAACGCCCUUCUAGUCCAAGCCCAUCACUUGUAAGUGAGAAAGAAAAGGAAAAAGAAGAUCCAGAAAAAACAAUUGAAAAAGAGGAAGAAGAAAGAAAAAAACGUCUUCAGUUAUAUGUAUUUGUUUUAAGAUGUAUUGCAUAUCCUUUUAAUGCUAAACAGCCAACAGAUAUGACUCGUAGACAAACUAAAGUAACAAAACAACAACUUGAAACAAUUUUAGGUCGUUUUCAAUCUUUUUUAAAAGGAGAAACACAAAUAGCUGCAGAUGAAGCAUUCCAAAAUGCAGUUCAAAAUUACACUGAAGUGUUUCUUAAAAGUGAUAGAGUAAUGAGAAUGGUACAAAGUGGAGCAUGUUCUGCACAUGAUUUUCGUGAAGUAUUUAGAAAUAAUAUUGAAAAGAGAGUUAGAAGUCUACCUGAAAUUGAUGGCUUAAGUAAAGAAACUGUCUUAACUUCUUGGAUGACGAAGUUUGAUGCUAUUUUUCGAGGUGAUGAGGAUUCACGGAAACCUCAAAGUAGAAUUCAACAAAAUAUUGCAUCAGAACUUAUAUUAAGUAAAGAACAACUGUAUGAUAUGUUUCAAAAUAUUCUUGGAGUGAAAAAAUUUGAACAUCAGUUAUUAUACAAUGCAUUACAGCUAGACUCAGCAGAUGAACAAGCAGCAGCCAUUCGUAGAGAGUUGGAUGGACGUGUUCAGAAAGUUAAUGAAAUGGAAAAAAAUCGCAAACUAAUGCCCAAGUUUGUAUUAAAAGAAAUGGAAAGUCUUUAUAUUGAAGAACUACGUUCAUCAAUUAAUCAGUUAAUGGUUAAUUUAGAAAGUUUACCUGUUUCUAAAGGGAAUUUUUCAGACAGUAAAUAUGGUUUACAAAAAUUUAGACGUUAUAAUCACAGUCGACAAAGCUUACUAUCAGCAUCUGCCAAUUUCUUUCCUGAAAAUAGCCUGCAUAAAGCAUCAUCUUAUCUCCAAGCUCCAAUAUGGAUUAUCAUUUAUGAAGCUUUGAUGAUUGCUUUUACAUCCAUAAGUCAAUCAUCUUUAUCAAAAGAGGGUCUUAGUGAAGAUGGUGAAACAAUGUUAUCAAAACUUGAUAUAGUAUUAUCUUUUACUUUAGAAGUUGUAGUAAUGGAAGUAAAAGGAUUAAAAUCAUUAGCACCAAAUAGAAUUGUAUAUUGUACAAUGGAAGUUGAAGGUGGUGAGAAGUUGCAAACAGAUCAUGCUGAAGCAUCAAAACCCAUGUGGGAUACACAAGGGGAUUUCACCACCACACAUCCUUUACCUAUAGUUAAAAUAAAAUUAUAUACAGAGAGCCCAGGUUUAUUGAGUUUAGAUGAUAAAGAAUUAGGAAAGGUAAUUAUUAAACCAACUCCUUUAAGCCCAAAAUCUCCAGAAUGGUAUAAAAUGAUAGUACCAAAAAAUGUUCCAGAUCAAGAUCUGCGUAUUAAAAUCACUGUCCGCAUGGAUAAACCUCAAAACAUGAAACACUGUGGUUACUUAUUUGCCCAAGGAAAACAAGUGUGGAAAAAAUGGAAAAAGCGAUAUUUUGUACUCGUACAGUUACUAAUAAUUGAAAGUAUUUAUUUAUUAAACCAUAAUUGUAAUUUAGAUCUGGAGGGAGGACGCUUCUUCUUUAAUGCUGUAAAGGAAGGUGACAGUGUGUUGUUUGCUAGUGAAGAUGAAAAUGAGUGUCACCUCUGGGUCAUGGCAAUGUAUCGAGCAACAGGACAAUCUCAUAAACCAACUCCACUUGUUCAACCUUUGGCUAGUAAGAAUUCAACCAUUUCUCGAUUACAAGGAGAUGCGGACAGGGCUCGCAAACACGGAAUGGAUGAAUUUAUCUCUGCUGACCCAUGCAAUUUUAAUCAUCAUGCAUUAUUUAGAUUACUUCAAACCCAAGCAUUGGAAUAUAGAUUAGCUGAUAUAUUCUGUUCCUUGGGUUGGUACAGUCCAGGGCAAUUGUUUGUUUUAGAUGAAUAUACUGCUCGAUAUGGUGUACGAAGUUGUUAUCGUCAUUUAUGUUAUUUAAAUGAUCUAUUAGAUCGAGCAGAAAAAGGUAUCAUGAUCGAUCCAACUUUAAUUCAUUACAGUUUUGCAUUUUGUGCCUCUCAUGUACAUGGAAACAGGCCUGAUGGAAUUGGAACAGUCACAGUAGAAGAAAAAGAUAUGUUUGCCGAAAUAAAAGAAAGACUUCGAAUACUAUUAGAAAAUCAAAUUACUCACUUCAGGUACUGUUUUCCAUUUGGUAGACCAGAAGGAUCAUUAAAAGCUACAUUAUCUCUUUUAGAAAGAGUUUUAAUGAAAGAUGUGAUGACUCCAGCAGCACCAGAAGAAGUAAGAAAUGUCAUUAAAAAGUGCCUUGAAAAUGCAGCUUUAGUGAAUUAUACUCGAAUUUCAGAACAAGCAAAGAAUGAAGAUGAAAACAAUGAAGAACCAGUUGAAUCCAAUAAAAAUUUGGAAGAUUUAAUACAUUUAGCUGAGCUAUGUGUAGAUUUACUUCAACAAAACAAUGAACAUUAUGCAGAGGUUGGAGCUGAAUCAGCACCUAAACCAGAUGAAAACAAUGAAGAACCAGUUGAAUCCAAUAAAAAUUUGGAAGAUUUAAUACAUUUAGCUGAGCUAUGUGUAGAUUUACUUCAACAAAACAAUGAACAUUAUGCAGAGGCCUUUCAAUCGGAUCGGGCCUUUGCCUGGUUUAGUGACCUCUUGGUCGAACAUGCCGAAAUAUUUUGGUCAUUGUUUGCUGUUGACAUGGAUGCUGUACUAGCUCAGCAACCACCGGAUACCUGGGAUAGUUUUCCUCUGUUUCAAGUGUUGAAUGAUUAUUUACGAAUAGAUGAAAAUCUAUGCGGAGGUAGAUUCCAUCAACAUCUCCGUGAUACCUUUGCUCCACAAGUUGUGAGAUAUGUUGAUUUGAUGGAAUCUUCGAUUGCUCAAUCCCUUCAUAAAGGUUAUGAGAAAGAAAGAUGGGAAAUAAAAGGCCAUGGUUGUGGUACUUCAGAAGAUUUAUUUUGGAAGUUAGAUGCUUUACAAACAUUUAUUAGAGAUCUUCAUUGGCCAGAUGAAGUAUUUGCUAAACAUUUAGAACAAAGGUUAAAACUUAUGGCUUGUGAUAUGUUAGAAUCAUGUAUAAAUAGAACACUUCAGGCCUUUCAACAGUGGGAACGAAAAGGAAGUAGAUGGAUUAGCACUGAUUAUAUAGUUCCUUCAGAGAUGUGUGCCAUGAUCAACGUAGUAUUAGAAGCAAAAAAUCAGUCAUUGAAAUUGUGCACUGUGGAUGGAGUUGACAUGCAUCAAUACCAUGCAAAAAUUGACCAAUUGGUGGAUGAGACGCUGAAUUUAAUGAUGACUGGUCUUAUAAAUAAGCUUACCAGUGUAUUAGAAGCAACAUUAAACAAGUUAUCUCGUUAUGAUGAAGGCAGCCUCUUAGCACCGAUUUUGUCUUUAACGUAUCGGCAAGGCAUGUCAAGUUCUGGCAGAGAAGUAGGAUUAGCGUAUAUUAAUUUUGCUCGUAAUAGUAUGGAGCAAUUACGUCAAAAAGUGACUGAUGAACUGUGGGUAUUAAGUUUAUUUGAGCAAUGGUAUGCAUCUCAAAUGCAAAUGUUAUGUACUUGGUUGUCAGAACGUAUCGACCGUGGUCUUCAUUCUUUUCAAUUAUCAGCUCUAUCUCAUAUUGGCAAGAAAUUAUAUUCUGAUUUUGAGUUACAAGGAAUUGAAGAAGAAAAAUUAAAUUCCAAAAUUUAUCAAACUAUUAGUAGUCGUUUACAAUUGGAAAAUGCAACGGCAUCUGUAUCAGAAGCUGCAAACCGAGAGAAAGAAGAUUCAGAAGAUUAUCCAGAAACUGGUAUUGAAGAAGGAGUUCCCAAAGCAAGAGUAGCAUCCAUUAGCCAAGAAGAAGGUGCAGAGGGAUACGUCAGCAGCAUUAAAAAUGCUACGCAAAAUGUUGUUGGACGUAUAACUACCAUUGGCCGUGGAAUGGGUGGCUUUGCAAAUAAACUUUCGGGAGGUUUUCUGAAUUUUUAAUUCUUUAAGUACUUCUAACAUGCAGCACAAUUCUGCAAAUUCAAUAAUUGAUAGUCACCAAACCAAUCUUGCUCAUAUUUAUUUAUGUAUAAAAACCAAAUAGAUUGAGAGCAAGUUUCCAAACAGCAUACCGAUUUGUUAUCAAAACGAUUCUGAAACAUUAAAUAAAGGUUAGUCAAAAAAGCAAUUUAAAAAAAUUAUUAAAUUCCACAACCUAUGUUUAAUUAUCUGUCUAGUCAUUGAAAGGUUAUUAAUUUUUAGAUAAAAGUCAAAACUAUUUAAAUGAUAAUUUAAAUAAUAAGAGAGAUAUUGUAAAGACUAUGACAGUUUCCACAAGUGUGAAAUUUUGCAGAUCAGUAUUAGCAAAUAAAUUCUAUUAACAGUCAGGGAAGAUUUGCUAGUCACUAUGCAUUUACAUCCAAUGUCCUCUACAUUCCAUGUAUUCUGAUCUCAUCGAACAUUUAUGUGAAAGUCACUGCUGUAUUCAGCCAUCAGUUGUGUAAAUUCCAAUAGUGAUAAAAAAAAAAAAAAGAAAA